CAUCGUCAUUGCGUUCAUGUGUAAAUCAAUUGAACUGAACCACUCCACUCCUUGAGCUAACAAUUGGUCGCAACAUAAGAAGAUUACUUGAAACAGAAGAAAAGAGACAAAUCUCAUCAUUCCCACCGAAUAAAAAAUGACGCACAUACACAUUCAAUAAAAAAGCAAUUUGUCUGAUUCAAUGCCCGCUUCACUUCACUCACUCAGCUCCUACACUCAACACUCAACACUCCCUAUAUCAAUUCAACGGUCACUCCACGGGGACAUUUUGGUAAUUCCACUCCCUCCUUCGUUCGCUAGUCACUGUUAACUGUUCCAAACCGAACCACAUUUUCACACCAUUUUGAGUUCCAGCGUUCCACUUUGCGAUCUCAUUUUUCAUCUUUGUACCGAUUUGGGUACAGUUCAAGUGUCAAUGGAAGCUGGGUCGAACAGAAAUGUGGCAAUGAGUGUGAGGGGCGGCACUGGGAGGAGACAAGGUGGUGGUGUUGCAGGCAAGGUGGAACCUUUUGUGUCGCGGAGUGAGCACAGCCCGAGAGAGUUACGUUCAUGGGCGAAAAGAACGGGCUUUGUGUCUGAUUACUCUGGGGAAGCGGGGACAAGUGGGAGUGAAAAGUUUGAAGCUUUUCAGAGGAAAGGAGGAGGGUCGUCUCCGAAGAUAGAGAUAGAUCCGGUGGUGGGGAGGACCAGACAAAACGAGAUCGAACCAGAGUCUCAUGGAGGUGCCACGAGGGUUGAGAAUGAUGGUAGGGGGAGGAAGGAGAAGGAGCAGGAUGGGGAGAGGAAAGUUGGUUUCAAUGGGAAUGGGAAUGGGAAUGGGCAUGGCGUCUCUACAGUUGCUCCUGUGAAUGAGGAAAAGGAGGGGGAGGAAGGACAAGGGGAUGAUGUUAAGGUCAAUGUGUUUCCAGAAGAGGAGGAGCCUGCUAAUGGAGGGUGGCAAGGACCGUUUGGAUUGAAGUGUGGGCUCAAAGAAAAUCCAGGGUUAGUACCACUUAUCUACUAUGGCCUGCAGCACUAUAUAUCGUUGGCUGGUUCUCUUGUAUUGAUUCCAUUAGUCAUGGUACCUGUCAUGGGUGGAACAGAUAAGGAUACUUCUACCGUGAUUUCUACAAUACUGUUUCUUUCUGGCAUCACAACUAUACUGCACUCCUACUUCGGUACCCGAUUGCCUUUAGUUCAAGGGAGCUCAUUUGUGUAUUUAGCACCAGCAUUAGUUAUCAUAAAUGCUCAAGAAUAUCGGAAUCUUACUGAACAUAAAUUUAGGCACAUAAUGAGGGAACUCCAAGGAGCCAUAAUUGUUGGUUCAAUAUUCCAAUGUAUACUGGGAUUUAGUGGUUUAAUGUCUGUUCUACUCAGGUUAAUCAACCCAAUUGUGGUUGCCCCAACUGUUGCUGCUGUAGGUUUAGCAUUCUUCAGCUACGGGUUUCCACAAGCAGGCACUUGCCCAGAAAUUACCAUUCCACAGAUAGCACUGGUUCUAAUAUUCACUCUGUAUCUUCGACGAAUAUCUAUCUUUGGGCGCCACUUGUUUCGAAUUUAUGCUGUUCCCUUGAGUUUGAUAAUUAUUUGGAUAUAUGCAUCCUUUUUAACUGCUGGGGGAGCAUAUAAUUACAAAGGAUGCAAUCCAGAUAUACCAAGUUCAAACAUUCUGUUGGAUGCAUGUAGAAAACAUGCAUACACCAUGAAGCAUUGCAGGACUGAUGUGUCCAAUGCAUUGUCUACUGCUGCAUGGGUCAGAAUCCCUUACCCUUUACAAUGGGGUAUCCCUAUUUUCCAUUUUAGGACUUCCAUAAUCAUGGUCAUAGUGUCACUGGUUGCUUCUGUGGAUUCAGUUGGAACUUAUCGUACUACAUCUCUGCAAGUUAAUUCAAGGCCCCCAACUCCUGGAGUUGUGAGCCGGGGAAUUGCACUCGAGGGUUUCUGUAGUAUAUUGGCUGGUCUUUGGGGUUCAGGUACUGGGGCAACGACCUUGACAGAAAACAUGCACACAAUUGACAUCACAAAGGUGGCAAGUCGGAAAGUAGUGGUAGUUGGAGCAGCUUUCUUGAUCCUGUUCUCAUUUGUAGGAAAAGUGGGUGCUCUUCUUGCUUCCAUUCCACAGGCUUUGGCUGCUUCUGUACUAUGUUUCAUGUGGGCUCUUACUGCAGCAUUGGGCCUCUCUAAUUUACAGUAUAGUCAAUCUGCCAGCUUCAGGAAUAUAACAAUAGUUGGCGUUUCACUGUUCCUUGGCAUGUCUAUUCCUGCUUAUUUUCAACAAUACCAGGCUGAAUCAAGUCUGAUACUGCCCAGUUAUUUGGUUCCUUAUGCGGCAGCAUCAAAUGGGCCGUUCCGUUCAGGCAUUAAACAACUUGAUUUUGCAAUCAAUGCUCUUAUGUCCUUGAACAUGGUGGUUACACUGUUGGUGGCAUUCCUACUGGACAACACUGUUCCUGGCAAUCAGCAAGAGCGAGGAGUGUAUACAUGGUCGCGAGCUGAAGACAUUGCCACUGAUCCCUUGCUGCAAUCCGAAUAUUCGCUGCCAAAGAAAGUAGCCCGGUGUUGCUGUUGGUUCAAAUGUUUGGGAGCCUAAGACCUUGGUUCAGUCUCAUUUUAAUGGCAAGAUUCCUUCUAGAAAAGGUCACUCCUGGGAUAUGUCUAUUAUUCCUUAUUCUCUUCCGUGGGACUUGGAAGAUAUUACAACUCAUGAAGACAAAGGUAAAUUAUAUGUAAGAUAGCCAUAGUGACUUUAAAUUGGUGAUAUUAUGCUUGAAAAAUUGCAUAGUUGUUUUCACACGUCAAAUUGUCCCCUGAAAAAAAAAGUAGUGUACUUAUGUAUUUAUAUUUCUCAUUAAUAAAUAUUCCAUUUUUGCAGUUUCACAUUGAGUUAA